UCUCCUAAACACACACAUUCUCUAUUUCAAUAGUUAUCUAACUAUAAACAAUUCAAGUAGUUUCCGACAAUUAUGGGUUUAAUCUCUGGUAAAGCGUGUCUGUUUGUUUUGGUACUUGCUUUGGUCACAGAUUUUACUGUGGGGAAAGCAGAGUUUGGUGAUGAAAAGCCCUUGUUUCCCCACCCUCGUCCACUCCUCCACAAAGGUGGCAUCCAUAAGAAGGGCUUUAAGAAAGAUUUCGGCGGUUUUGGCGGUGGUGGUAUAAGUGGUGGAGGCGGCUUUGGAGCAGGAGGUGGAAGCGGUUGGAUUGGAGGCGGAAUUGGUGGCUUUAGUGGACAAAUCGGCGGUGGUUUUGGUAAGGGUGGCGCAGCUGGAGCGGGAGGAGGAGGAUUUGGCGGCGGUGGAGGAUUUGGUGUUGGUAACGGUGGAGGAGCUGGAGCUGGAGUUGGUGGUGGUACCGGUGGAGGGGCUGGAGCUGGAGGAGGAGUUGGUGGUGCUACCGGUGGAGGAACUGGAGCUGGAGUUGGCGAUACAGGUGUUGGUGGUGGUGAUGGUGUGGGAGCUGGCAGUGGUGCUGGUGCCUUGGGAGGAGCCAGCGGUGGAACUGGUGGAGGAGUAGGCGGAGGCGCCGGUGGAGGUCACUAAGGCUUUGUCAUGUGCACUGACGAGGAUCUAUAAAUCCCAUGCAAAUAUAUAUAUAUAUAUAUAUAUGUUUUUAUUUUCAUCUAUGAAUAACUAAUUUAGUAAGUUAAAUAUGAUAUGAUGAAGGAUAUGUACGUCGUUUCUCUUUAAUUUUCCUUUUUCAAAUGAUUGUACCUUGCUAAUUAUAGUAAACAAGGUGAAUAAUAACAUGCGUUCACAGGUUUGAAGU